CGGGGGUGCCACUUGCCCCGGAGCUGGGAGCCGAGCAACGGCCCUUGCAGGAGGUGAGGCGAGCAGGGGUCCGCCCCGCGCUGGGCUGGAAGCAGGGAGGAGGGGCCGUGCCUCUGCACCGCGUCGCCGCCGCGGGAGCCCCAGGCACGGCACCGCAGCUGGACGCCUGGCAGGCAGGUUGCUCUGAGCGCGGCCCUGCACUUCCUGCACCGCUCCAGGCGGGACCCAGCGCGCCGAGCCCCCUCCCGGCUCGGCAUGGCGUGCUGCUGGGGCGAGUACCAGGUUUCUGUAGAUGGGAUUUCUGGACAAAGAGAAUGGAGACCUCUAAUUUAUAGAAAAUGCACAGAUGUACUCUGGUUGAUUUUAUUCUUUCUUUUUUGGGCUGGUUUGAUGUUUAUAACUGGCUAUGCGGUAACAGCUGGAGCUGCAGAAAGACUUGUAUUUGGGUAUGACAGCUAUGGGAAUAUAUGUGGUAGGAAGAACACAUAUAUUCAAGGUGCACCUCUUUCUGGACAGGAUAUGACAAAUAAAAAACAUGUGUUCUUUUUGAAUUCGUGCAGUCUGGAAAUUAAAAACCUUAAAAUCAAUUCAAUCGCCUUGUGUGUAUCUAGCUGUCCUCAAGAGCAACUUAACUCUCUGGAAGACAUCCAGCAUUUUGCAAAGAACAAUGGUUCUUGCCUUUGUAUUUAUAACUUGAACAUUUCCAGUUACACGCUAAAUCCAAAGGCGGCUGAGCUGUGUCCCACACUGCCAGUUCCACCAAGCAAAUCCUUCCCAUUGUUUAAUCGAUGUGUUCCACAAAACCCUGAGUGCUAUUCACAGUUUGCAUCCAUCUUGAUAAAUGUGGUUAACAAAGUUGAUGUUUUUCAUCGUAUUCUGAGUGGAAUAAUGGCUGGAAGAGAUACUGUAAUAGGACUGAGUGUCCUUGCACUAGCCUUCUCUUUAAUAAUGGUUUUAACCUUCAGAUUCAUCACCACACUUCUGGUCCAUAUUUUCAUUACGCUAGUUGUGUUUGGAUUAUUAUUUGUCUCCGGUGUUCUGUGGUGGCUCUACUAUGACUACACUAAUGACCCAAGCAUAGAACUGGAAACUGAAAAAGAAAAUGUAAAAUUUUUACUUGGAUUUGCUAUCAUAUCUACCAUGAUUACGAUGGUUCUACUUUCCCUCAUAUUUGUACUAAGGAAGAGGAUUCAGCUGACUGUACAGCUCUUUUGGGUUGCUAAUAAAAUAAUUAGCAGGGUCCCUUCCCUACUGUUCCAGCCACUAUGGACCUUUGUGAUUCUCGUUUUCUUCUGGGUGUUCUGGGUUGCUGUGCUACUUAGCUUAGGAACUGCAGGUAGUGCACAAGUCAUUUCAGGAGGACAAGUAGAAUAUAAAAUUCUGUCUGGCAUUCGCUACAUGUGGUGGUACCAUUUAGUUGGCCUUAUCUGGACUAGUGAAUUCAUCCUGGCUUGUCAGCAAAUGACUAUCGCUGGAGCAGUGGUGACUAGCUAUUUCAACCGACAUAAGAGUAGCUCGCCACGACACCUGAUCCUGUCUUCCAUAUCAGUUCUUUUUUGCUAUCAUCAAGGAACAGUUGUAAAAGGGUCGUUUUUAAUCACAAUAGUGAGAAUUCCAAGAAUUAUUCUUAUGUACCUUUAUGAUGCCCUAAAAGAAAAGGAGAGUGCAUGUGCAAGAUGCAUGUUCAAAUGCUGUUUCUGCUGCUUUUGGUGUCUAGAAAGGUGCCUAAGAUACUUUAACCAGCAUGUAUACACCACAACAGCCAUCAAUGGGACAAAUUUUUGUACCUCAGCAAAGGAUGCUCUCUUUAUUUUAGCAAAGAAUUCUGCUAAUAUAGCAUUCAUUAAUUGUUUUGGAGACUUCAUCAUUUUUCUAGGAAAGGUGUUUGUUGUAUGUUUCACAGUUUUUGGAGGGUUAAUGGCAUUUAACUACCAUCGUGAAUUCCACGUAUGGGUAGUUCCUCUGUUGCUAGUUGCACUUUUUGCCUGCUUGGUAGCCCACAGCUUUUUGUCGGUUUUCGAAGUGGUCAUGGAUGCCCUGUUCUUUUGUUUUGCUAUUGAUAUGGAAACAAAUGAUGGAUCUCCAGAGAGGCCAUACUUCAUGGAUCAAGAAUUACUGAGUUUUGUGAAUCACAGCACCAGGCUAACAGAGUGGGAGAAAAACAGAAAGCAAAAGACCCCCCAAAACAAUGAAGAUGGUACAGAACUACAGCCUAUGGUGAGACGGGAACAAAGACGAUGUGAUGAGGACAUCAAAUAACAUGUUGUCUCCCAGGUGUACUACAAGAAUGGGGAUAGACUACUUGAACUUGAGAUUGACCUUGAAAGCAUGCAGGCUAAGCAGUAAUAGCAGAAAUUCAGACAAAACAAAGUGAAGGUUACAUAUAUGUUGCGACAAAGUAAUUUUUAGAUGUGUAAACCCUGGUUUGUACCUCUUGCACUGAAGAAAAAAUUAGAGAUUUAAUUAUUGUUUAAUUUUUUAUGUACAAUAAUGGAUUUUUCCAGCAUAUCUGAUUUUAUUAAAAAAUGUAAAAGUAUUUAUGCGGUUUUAUAAAAGUUGAAUUAAUAAAAAAAAUCUCCUGUAAGAUUUGUGGUGCUGCUUGAAAACAGUAAGUUGACAAAGUCCAAGAACUAUCCUUUUGGUAUCGGACCCGCUUGGUAAGUCAGCUGACGGGACCCAGCAGUAAUUCUGUAUGCACCUAUAUGGAAAAUAUUGGCCAAUAGUCCCUGGGUCAGUUGAUGCACAGAACCGUAAAGAAGGUUCUUUUAGAUCAUUCCCAUUUGGACUAUUUAAUAUCCCUUAAUAACCACUACACUCAAUUAAGGAGCAACAUUGAAGCCAUUGGAAGGAAAUUAUCUCCAGUUUCCCUUAGCCAAGACAAUGGCUAUGAGGUACGUGGGGCUUGUGGGAGGUUGGUCGGUUGUUUUUUGGUUUGGGGAGGGUUUUUUUGUGCAGGUGGAUGGGUGGUCUUGGUGAGGAGGAAAAUUAUGAACAGCCCUUUGGUUCCUCUAGAUGUACUAACGUUUGUAAAUUAAAAUGAACAGACAUUUAGUAUGUGACAGAAAGCAGGGAAAAUAAGGUGGGCUCUUGAUGUUGAUCUGAGAUCAUAAGAUGAAAUGUCGUAGAGAGGCAGACGUGACUGGACAGAGGUUGAGACAUUGGGGUGAAGAAGUAGAUGUGGAAGUUUCUGGCAUAGAAGUGGUAGUUUGGGGAGUGAAGGAAAUUACCUCGUGGGGAGAGAGUGAAGAGAUGACAAAGGAUGGAGUCCUAAGAAGACUCAGGAGGAGAGGAGGAGCCUCCAGAAGAGAUGCUGAAGGAGAAGACAAAGUUUAAAUAAUAAUAAUAAAACCCUCAAAGAGCAUGAGGGAAUGUCUUUUUAUGCACAAUUGAAGUUUUAUUGAGCUCUGGGGUGUAUUUGGAUUCUGGAUGUCAUAAAUUUUCAUGCGGUCAGAAUUUUCUCAUUUUGUGAGAUACAUGGGUCCAUUUCUCUAUCUUUUGGGAGGAAAUUGAAAAGAUUUCAAAAGAUCAGGAUAUUAUAGUGAGGUUUUGUUUUUAAUUCAUCUAGAUCUGAUGGUCGAUUUUUACUCAGUGCUACACAAUCCUUUUUUCCCCCCCAGAGCUGCUUUAACUGCCUGUUUGAAGGCAGGAUUGAGUGGGAGACCACAUGUCUCUAGCAGAGAUAUACAGGUAGUACAGAUGGUUUCAGUCUACGAGCUGGAACAUUUCUGCAGGUAAGAGAAAGUUCCUGUCUUUGCUGCCCUAAAGAACAAACUCAAAGGUGGAGGAGGACAGAGUUUAAUAACCAAGGAAAUAUCAGAGGCAGCAAAGGCAAUUCGUGGCAAUUCUCUUGUCUUUUAAUAAAAAUUGGUCAGACCAUUCCAUUGAAAUCUAUGGAUUCCCUCUCUCCUUCCCCUGCCACGUGAAAAGGAGGUUUAAACAUUUCUGUCAGCAUUUCCGUAUCCGUAUCCCCCAUGUUUUCAGCCAGAUAUUAACACUCUGUAGGUCUGGGGAUCCAUGCAGGGGAGGGCAGUGGGUGAGGUCAUCCCCAGAGGCUGUAUAUAAGGGAUUGCAGGGACAGCCACUGGCUGUGAAAACUCUAUUGCUACUGGGAUGGCCAGAGACAUGAGUCCUCUAUAAGGACAGACCCAGUUUCCUGCUUGUCCCAGGAGAACUGAGCCUUUGGGGGGCAGGACCUGCAGCCUUCUCCACGUGAGCAGUAAGCCUGGCCUGAAAACCCAAGCACUGGGGAGAAAAUUCCACAAGGGAAACAUUAUGGAGAUUUCUUCCCCUUUAGCCCCCUACUGAGGUUCUUCUCAUGGGACAGGGCAGUUGAGUCCAGCGUUGAGAGAGUUUAGUAUAAUAGAACCUCAGAGUUACAAACACCUCAGGAAUGGAGGUUGUUUGUAACUGAAGUGUUUGCAACUCUGAACAAAAUGUUAUGUUUUUUUCAAAAGUUUACAGCUGAACAUUGAUUUAGUACAUCUUUGAAACUUUACUAUGCAGAAGAAAAAUGCUGCUUUCCCUUUAUUUUUUUAGUAGAUUACAUUUAACACAGUACUGUAUGGUAUUUGUUUUUUUGUGUGUACUGCUGCCUGAUUUCACACUUCUGGUUCCAAAUGAUGUGUGUGGUUGACUGGUCAGUUCAUAACUCUGGUGAUCAUAAUUCUGAGGUUCUACUGUAAAAGGAGACUGACCCAAGUGGUACAUAGCUCAGCCAGGCACUGUGAAAGCUUCUCCAGUCACGUUUACACCUAUGUUCAGUGGAAGUAUAUCAAACUAUUGUGAGGGGGACUAAACUUAGUUCAUUUACUUCGCUUCUGGCUCCCAGAAGUGAAUUCCUACUAUGUGAGAGCCUGAACAUACUAAUAGCUGCUCUACCCAAUUGGCAAGGACAAGGUAAGAAAGUCUGUUAGCCUAUCUUUGAUAAGCUAUUACUAAUGAUUUAUUUGUAUUCCAUCUUUGUCUGUUUGAGUAUCUACCCUACCUUUAGACAGUGUCAGGACAACUUAUAUAGGUUAGUCCUUUGACCCAAUAUUCUUAUUGUUAGAUCAGCAGCCUUCAAGCCAAAUAGAGGACAGCAUGUAAUGUACUUCAUCCACUCAAGAGUCCUUCCUAAUUAAAGAAACAGCACAUAAUCAUCUUGAAAAUAGUCCUUGACUGAAAAUUUAGUAGCCAUGAUAGAUGCAAGCAACCCCUAGUGUGACUAUAACAAAAGUUGAUGGAUUUUUUUUUUCUGUCAUGUAAGUUUGUUUUGUGCAUUUGAUAGCACUUUAUCUAUAAUCAGUUUCUCUGUUGCUGAAAAGACUCCUAAACACCAAUAGGGAAGUAGGAAAUCAUUUAUAAAACUUUAUUUUACAAGAAAUUUAAAAACAGAAAAACUUAACACCUCCCACUUAAAAGAUACUAUGUCAGAAACUGGAGUAUAGUUUAGAAUGGUAAAUUUAAAGCAGUGCAGGGACCCUAACGCCAAAGAAAAGGAGACAUGAUAUUUAAGUACAGUAUCUUCCAUAGUUGUUUGCAGUGGUGUUGAAGCCAUAUUGGUCGCAGGAUGUAUGAGAGACAAGGUAGGUGAGAUGGUAAUUUACUAGACCAACUUCUGUUGGUAGAAGGUACAAGCUUUCAAGAAAUGCAGAGGUAGUCUUCAGAAUCCUUGUGCACAUUCCUAUUUUAAAAAUUUGACUUAAGACUUCAGAAACCUGAUGGGUAGGAUACUGAAUGGCCAUGGAUACUUAACCGCAUAUCUUUUCUUCUCAAAAGAAAGUCCUGGAUUUUCAGUUCUUGUCUUACAAUAAUGUGGUAUAGUCCCUUAAACUUGUACAGUGUUAUUACAGAGGGAAGUUUUUUCCUUGCCUUGAAAAACUUGAGUAUGUUAAGAAAAUUUGUGGAUUACUGACUAGCGACCUUCUCUCUCUCCAGUGUGUUGGAGGACAGUUAAACUAUAUUGCAUUUAAUUUCCAGACCAAGUUAACAGUAGUCUUUCAUCAUUGUUUCAUCUCCAUGUUCUCCCACAUACAUCUUUUAAUGGUUUCCUAUUGUCUGAGUUUUGGGUUUAUUUUAUGCAGUAUGUGUCAUCUUUCCAUAUUUACUAAUACAUUACUACAUCUGCUAGAAGUGGGAAAGGAAGGACAAUUCUUGCAAUUAAGCAUUUAAAUAGGAACAUGAGCUUGUGUGUGAAAUAGACACUUCCCAAAUAUGUUUAACUACCUCUCUUUCAAAGAAUGCCUAAUUGAUCAUUUUAAAAGGUUCUUUAGAGCACUUGAAUAUCGAAUGUUGUCAGGUGCAACUGCCAACUUAAUGCGUUCAGUCUUUUGAUGUCUUAUAUUCGGUUGCCUUUACGUACUUUUCACCAUUUAUGCUGUUUACAUGUUGCUGUAAAACUAGGUUGGUCAGUUUCACUUUUUGCAGGCUGUUUAAGACACAUCAGAAUCAGAUUUUACUUUUAUGUCUUAGCUCUCCAUUCCUCUGAUCUGCAACUUUAAGAGGCAGGACCAAACCUGUUGCACAUUGCUCGAGUGGGAUUAGGCUUCCCUUCUAAAGAACUCCUCAGAGAGACUACUUCUAAAAUGACUAUCUUAAGAAUUGUGAUAAACAAGUUAUAGUAACUAAUAAACAUCCCCUUAAUUUUAAUCAGCCUACAAAGCAUAAUGGACUCAGAUUAAGAAUUAAAUCACAAAGUUAGGAGGGUAUUUUACUGCUGAAGAGUAGCUUUUUCCUCAGUGCAAAGCCCAUGCUGCUAAAUGGAAUUUCCACGAGUCUGGAUAAGUAAGGGCCUUGACUCAAUAUGUCUUUCUAGAAGGGUAGAGGGAAGGAAGGUAGGUAGGUAGGUCUAUUUUGAAAAGCAUACCUUCUCAUCUAAGACCCGCUUUAAGACAUUGUGGUGAAAGCUGCAAUGCCACUGCCCUUAGAGCACCUUUUCUGUGGAUAAAGGUCUUUAUAAAAUUUGGCAGUUGACAGGCACUCUCACUUCUUAGUGAGGAACUUUAAAAUCAGAAGGGAUGUUGCAGGUAAUGGAGUAUGUUUCAGAUGUACAGCACUAGUCUGGCCUGUACAGGUCUGCCCUGUGGAAGUCAUGGGCAUGACAGUACAGCAUUAAGUGACUGACAUCAGGAUUAGUGUAUUAAUCAAUUUUAUAGUACAUUUCAAAGUACAUGAAUUUGAAAAACACUUGUACACAAAGCAUGGGCUUUUAAGAAAACAGGUAAUGACAUUUGACUGUAUAUACCAACUAGUUAGUUGGUAUGAAAUUUAGAGAAGUGUAUUUUUAAGUAUUAUGUGGGUAUUUCCUCAUGCCUCAGUGUGGACUGUCCACUGAAUUCAGAGUCAUGAUGCCUUAAACCACUGAAAAAUGAAAACUUGUGUUUGAGGAAAGUGAUUUGCACAUUUCAUGCUAAUUAACUUGGUCCCUGUUGCAUAAUGGGGGAAAAUUAUAUGUAUGAGUCUGAUCCUGCACUAUUGACAGUUGGACCAGCAUUGUGGUCCUAAUGAGCACGAUUAGUUUAAACUACUUUCCUGGAGCUUGCAUUUUUAAAAAAAACUUAUCAAUAUGGCAUAACUGACAUAGUAAUCAUAAUACUGCUUUUAAGCAUUUUGUUUAACGUGAUAGGUGGGCACUGAGACGAAUUACCUUCAUAGGGAUUUAACUCCUAUGCUGUCCUAUACAGGACUAACUGUAGUAA